AUGUGGUUAGAGACAGUGAGGUGGGCAUUGAUCAAAGCUAAACAAGCAGGAUGGAAGGAAGUGUGUUGCUGCUUGCCAAAUAAAGAGCUGGUGGAAUCUCUGAACAUGAAAACUAAGGCUGCUCCUAGUGAAAAUGUGGUUAUGGCAGAUAUAGUUGCUUUACUCUCCACCCGCCGCAAGAGCAGCCCAUUGCGAGCAAGCCGCCAACGGCGUUUUCCCCUGCAGCCGGCAAGUCCUUUGACCCUUGCGAUCUGCCUAUCGCAAUAUUCACCAGCGAUUCACCAUGGCAGCGCAUCGGUGGUUUGUUCAUCGCCACUCAAGAAAGUCGACUGUCGGCGACUCCAAACAGCAGGCCCGCCAACGUUCACACAAUCGCGACGUGAGCGGAUUUUCGAGAACCUGACUUCAGGCGACUGGGAGAGAAAUUGUCCGACGACAGCGAAAUCUGAUGGGCCCGGCUAUGAGGAGGCGAACCACGUCGUCCAGCCCUUCACGGCGAUUCGCCAUCCCGCGAUUGGGACCAGACCCGACGACGAGAAUCCCGGCGUUCGAGCUCUACCUCUACGACGAGCCGCGACCCUCAACUUUGGGGCUCUAUUUGAUACUUUCAGAUUCUCAUGCCCACGAGCUCCGACUGUUGAAGAACUCCAGUUUCCGACAGCGGCAGAUCCGAACCCGACCCUCGAGCGGCUGAGACGAGCCGUCGAUGACCAGAAAUGGAACCCUUUUCAGACCUGA